AUGGCGGCUACGCGUCUCCCUGAGAUCCACAACGAACCCUCGAAGAUCCAGCUCGAGCGUCCAUCGCAUGUCGACUUUGCUCAUGCAGACCUGGCAAAAUUCCAGACGUUUGCCAAACAUUUCGGCCUGAUCGAAGCCUGGCGCGGUGAGGACAUAGUCGUGUACCGUGGCUAUGGCAAAGACCCGUAUUGCUACGUGGCUCGCCAGUCUACCACAGGUACCUCGACAUUCGGCGGCGGUUCCUGGCUUGCUCAGACGCAGGCUGAUUUCGACAAGGCCGCCGCCCUGGAUGGAGCGGUAGUAACGGAUCUAUCCCCGUUCCCUGGUGGAGGGCGGAAAGUCACUUUGAAGACGCCGUCCGGCUUCCUGAUGCAUGUGGUGUACGGUCAGGAGGAGAGACCGGAGGCGGCUUCCGUGCCAUCUGCGCAAGUCGAUGAGUUUGGUCCGCUUAAUGGAAGCUUCAACAAACAGAGACUGGGCAAAUUUCAGCGUUUCCAUGAGGGACCCGCAAUGGUCCACAAGCUCGGCCACUACGGAUUCCACGUUUCGAAAUGGGAAGCCGAGGUACGGUGGUACACGGACAAUUUCAACUUCGUCCCUUCAAACGUGGAAUACCACCCCGAGAAUGAAGACCUUGAUGUCAUUACAUUCAUGCAUCUUGACCUGGGGGAGCGCUUCUCGGACCAUCACUCAUUUUUCCUAGCUCGUGCUACGCCUGAAAAGGCGGAUGCUCUGCACCACAUAUCUUUUGAGGUAGAGGACUUCGACACGCAGCUUCUUGGUCAUUAUUGGUUGGCAAAUCAUGGCUACCAAUCUGUUUGGGGUGUUGGCAGACAUAUUCUCGGCUCGCAGAUUUUUGACUAUUGGCGGGACACGAGUGGAUUCUUGGUCGAGCAUUACGCUGAUGGGGAUCUGGUCAACGUGCAUACGGGCACUAAAAGGUCUAAAGCAGGCCCGCUGGCCAUUUGGGGCCCAGACAUGCCGAAGGACUUGUAA